AUUCCAAACAGCCAAAGGUGAGAAAUACAAUCGCUUUCGUGAACAGUCGGAGUCUUUCCUAGAAAGAGAGGGGUCUGGCGGGUUGGGUGAGGAUCCUUCCUUGUGCUUUUUGCCAUUGCUUGCAUCGACCCUCUUGUCAACGCCUAUCUGAAUUCCGCAUAUUUUCUUUAAUCCCUUUUUGCGAUCCUUCAAUCGAUUACAAUCAUGGCUACAACUGGGAACAAGAACAUUAAUGCCAAAUUGGUACUUCUUGGUGAUGUUGGAGCUGGGAAGUCUAGUUUAGUCUUGCGCUUUGUCAAAGGGCAAUUUAUUGAGUUUCAGGAAUCCACAAUAGGUGCUGCCUUUUUCUCACAAACUUUGGCUGUAAAUGAUGCAACAGUAAAAUUUGAGAUUUGGGAUACAGCUGGUCAAGAGAGAUACCAUAGCUUGGCUCCUAUGUACUACAGAGGAGCUGCUGCUGGAAUUAUUGUGUAUGAUAUUACAAACCAAGCCUCAUUUGAGCGGGCAAAAAAAUGGGUCCAAGAGCUUCAAGCACAAGGCAAUCCAAAUAUGGUCAUGGCACUGGCUGGCAACAAAGCGGAUUUGCUAGAUAUGAGAAAGGUGGCAGCAGAGGAAGCUCAAGCAUAUGCUCAGGAGAAUGGCCUUUACUUCAUGGAAACCUCUGCAAAAACUGCAGCUAAUGUCAAUGACAUCUUCCACGAGAUAGCAAAAAGAUUACCUCGAGUGCAACCAGUCCAGAAUCCAUCAGGAAUGGUUCUUAUGGAUAGACCUGCAGACAGGGUAGCAAGUGCAACUUGUUGCUCUUAAAGAAUCUGCCGCUAGCUGUGUGCUUGUAUCUUUAUCAGCUUCUGUGGUGCACAGUAGAAAUCAACCGUGUACUUGUCUAGUUUUUGUCUGUGCACAACUCAUUUAGAACUGUACAUGCAUGUUCGGAUGCUUUGUUUUUUGCAGUAAAUGAUUGUGGAUAUAUGGUCUACUAAUGAAAUGAAACAGUGUGGUGUGCUUCA